GUUUUGGUUUUCCUUUUCCCUCCUUCAUUAGGUCGCCGGUGUUUGUGAAGUGAACAUUGUUAAACGUUGUGCGGAACACGUGCCGGAUUUUUAAAAAAUUCCAAUUUAAAGUAAUCACACAGCACCAAAUUUAACAAUGGCAGACGCAGCCGUCGAAAAGAAUGAUGCCGCACCCGAAGAAGUAACCUCCACUGAGGCGGCCAAAGAGUCCCCAGUAAAGAAGUCCCCCGCCAAAAAGGCUGCAGAGCCUGCAGCUGAACCUGCAGAGAGCAACGGCAAGGCAGAGAACGGCAGUGGAGAUGCACCUGAAGAGAAGGAUGAAGAGGAAGCGCCUGCGGAGAAUGGUGAUGCCGAAGAAGACAGUAAUGAUGCUGUUGAGAACGGAGAAGCGACAGAAAAGAAAGAAGCUGGAGUAAAGAGGAAAUCAGCGCCAGCGGAAAACAAUGGUGAUGCACCAGAAAAGACAACGCCAGAGAAGAAAGCGAAAGUAGCGGAGGAGGCCCCGCCCGCGGAGGAGGAGGCCGCCGCCUAAGUCCCCGCAGCCCCUCGGUCCACGGCACCGCACUCAUACAGUAGGGCCCAACUCCCGCUAACAUAUCCUAUAUACAUAUUCAAGCUGGGUUUAUAGGGCACUACACUGCAUAUAUUUAAAUGUCUGACAAUAGUUUUGGAGCUGAAGCCCUGUUUAUAUGUUUAUACACAUUUUAACAGACUUUACAUAGUAACAAUUUGAAUAUAAGUAAAAUGGUUCUGUACAGCCAAAACACAAGCAGCGUAUAAGUUGUCCUGUGAAUGUAGCCUUGCACAAUGCCAAAAGUCAUAGUUUUUAUACAUUGUUAACAUAUUUGUACUUUUAUUAUUAUAUUGGUGUCUCAAAAGGAAGUUUUAUUAUUGAUUUUGCUAACUUAACAACACAGUACAAUGAUUUUCUUGAUUUUUGAUAUGUAUGAGGGGCGUUCAAUAAUUACAUAUGAGUGAUAUUACUAACGAUGGGUAAUUUAAUUGUCUCAUUAGCUAAAGAAACUCAUUUCAGUAAAUUAUCUUCAUUAGUAUUCAAGAUAUUAUGCAAACACAACUAAUCAUAUCUAUGAUUGUGAUCAUGUGUUGAGAUUGAAUAUGAACUUUGUUUUGAGACACUGAAUAUUUACUAGAGUUGGGCCCGCUUGUGUGACCACACUAUGUUUAGGUUGUAUACAAAUGUAUUUUUACCUUACCUGUGAAGAAAGUACCUGUAAAGUGUAAAUUUUUUAUGUCAAUCUGUGAUGUGCGUUGCGGUGGACCGACUUAGCGUCGACCAUCCCACUGUUGUGCUGUUUGCGUAUCGGUUAUUCACCAGACUUAGGGCCUGGGCAUAUGUGGCUUUUUUUUAACGCGCAUUUAUGUGAGUUUGAAACUCCAUGCAUAUAAUGUCAAUCAGAUUGAUGUCUUACACAUUUUCCGACUGCCUUUUUGACACUUACUCAAGAUGUCACCUUUAAGUAAGGACUGUGCUAUCAUAUAUUUUUUUUUAAAUAUGUUCAAUGACGUGCGUUUGUAGUUCAUCUAAAAAGACGUCUGCACAGGCCCUUUGGAUUGAAUUGAUUGAAGGGAAAUUCUCGCAUUGGUCGAGCAAACUAUUCCGCCAGUAGGUACUGCCAAAGUAAUUCACGAUUUGUGAAAUCAAUUCACUAUCCGUUCUGUGAACGAUGCGAUUUAUAUGAACAGCUUCCGAGAAUACAAGAAUUUAAGAUAAAUAUAAGGAUUUAAUUAAUGUGUUUAGGUAAAUAAUUCAGUUGUAAUUUUAAGUUUAGUCGCACAUUUAUUUUACAUAGGCAUUAUUACUUAACCAUUUAAACAUUCCUUUGACUUGGGUUUUGGACUGCACUGUGAAUUUUUGUCUAUGGUAGUGUUAUAAAGGUUUCUGGAAAAUUGCACUGAUAGUGUUCAAAUGGUUCACAGUGCACCAGUAAUUUAAGAUAAUGAAAAUUAUAAAAGUUCAAAGUUGACAAAUAAGGUGAUAGUUCAUAAUAUGUAUUUGACAUACUUUUUACAUGUGCUAUUUUUUUUAAUUCUUAUGGGUCAUGUUUUUUAUUUCUGAUUUUUUUAAUUUAUUUGCUUCUCAUAAUAUUAUAUGUGAUGAUAGAUUACAAACUCGAAUGUAAGUAAUGUGGAUAGGAAGUAGGAAUUCUCAUUUUUAUUCAGCAAUAUUUGAAGAAAUGUUCCAAGUUGAGGAAUAGAUAAUAAUUUAUAUUAAUAAGAUUUUGACUAACUUUUUUCAGAUAAAUAUUUGACAGUUUUGAUUGUUCAGAUUUUCAAUGUAAUUCGGAAUUGCGUCUAAUAGUAGACUAGAAUGUACAGUUGACACUAACUUUUUGUGAAGUCAGUGUUUGUAAAAGGUUUUCUGGCAAUAAAUAGUCGAAUCGUAA